CAUUCGCUCUCCAUGGCCCAGCGCUCUUCGACCCGACUCCAUCAAGCGCCCGGCGGACAGUCCACCAUGGGCUCGUUGAUCUUUGGCGGCGGCGACAACUCGGCCGACGAAGACCGUCCUCGCGGCCGCGGUGUCCGCAAGUUUGAAACUCCCGAGCAGCAACAAGUGGGCAAGCAGGAACCGGCUAACCAACAGCGCUAUGGGCAACAACCGCAACAACAACAGCAACAACAACCCACGGUGGAAUCGCAGAAUGUCUCGUCCAACCGAUACGCCAGUGGUACGUCGCAAAACACGGGCAACGUGAUCACGGACCGCAGCACGACCCGCAUCCACGCACCCCCUGGUGGACAAUCGUCGUUCGGCACCACUUCCGAUCAACGCGGUUCGUCCAACCGCUAUUCGAACGGUGCGUCCCAAAACACAGGGAACGUCAUCACCGAUCGAAGUACCACGCGCAUUCAUGCACCCCCUGGAGGCGCGUCGUCGUUCCGACUUGGUUAGGCUUCAUGUGUGUUCUGUUAGGAUGAUACCAAUUUCCAUAAACAUAUACAACGACCCACAACAUGCACAACAUCCAUGUCCAUCGUGUUGGCGUCGUCAGCAUAUGCCGGUUGUAGCGCGGCGGCAAA